UUAUCCAGCAGGCGAUACUGCUGGGUAUGCUUUGCAACCGAUGAAGACGAUGCGACCGCAGCGUGGGUUAAACCGUGUCAUUGCCGAGGCACUACAAAAUGGGUUCAUCAGGGUUGUAUUCAGAGAUGGAUCGAUGAGAAGCAAAAGGGUCAUGCUGGACAUGCCGUGGCAUGCCCACAAUGCAAUACAGAAUAUAUCAUAGUUUAUCCAAACAUGGGUCCAUUAGUGGUAGUACUCGACACGAUUGAUGCAGUCAUCUUCCGAGUAUGCUCUUUUAUAGCCGCUGGUAUAGUAGUUGGGUCCAUAUAUUGUGUUAUCACGACGCAUGAAAAUGAUUAUAAUAGGUAUUUUUGCAAGUAA